AUGGAGACUGGGAAUACUAGACAACUUAAUCUCAAUCCUAUACUUGAGCAAACUGAAAUGGAGAUUGGGAAUACUUCUUCACAAUUGGUGGAUGUUAAUGUCCAAAAUGGUACUAUAGGAGAGAGGUUGGUUCAAAGCAGGAAAAAGGUUAACUUAAGGAAACCAAGACUCGGCCUGAGGAGCAAAUGGAUGGAAGAAGCUGAAGUCAGAGCUAUGGCAAAAUCUGAAUGGCAAGACCCGGUUGACGAAGAACUAGACGAAAUCUUAUGGUUACUGAAAUCUGCAGCUGGGGAUGGUUGGAAAAGCUGGGUCCGCGGAGUUGGAGUCAAAACAGCGACCUCAAGACCCUUAGGGUCUGACGACGACCUCAGGACCCUUGGGCCUGACAACGACCUCAAGAUUCUCGGGUCUGACGACGACCUCGAGACCCUCGGGUUUGGCGACAACCUCAGGAUUCUCGGGUUUGACGACGACCUCAGUAUUCUCGGGUCUGACGACGACCAUAGGACCCUCGGGUUUGGCGACGACCUCAGGAUUCUUGGGUCUAAUAACGAUCUCGGACCCUGGAGUUUGGCGACGACCUCAGGACCCGAGUCCGGACCAUCGAAUCUGGGGACGAUCUCGGGACCUUCGGGUCUGGCGAAGACCUCAGGAUUCUCGGGUAUCUUGUGUGGAACUUUACUAGUUCGACAGGAGCUGAAUGAGGUGCUCGUCCUUAAUGUGCUCGGCCUUAACGUGCUCGGCCUUAAUGUGCUCGGCCUUAAGGUGCUCGGACUUAAUGUGCUCGGCCUUAAGGUGCUCGACCUUAAUAUGCUCGGCCUUAACAUGCUCAACCAAGGGUGGCAGUUAGAGUAUAGGUGUAACGUGGGAGGCUCAUCAGCUCAUCCUAGCAGGGAAGCUGAUGAGCUCGUCUUAACAUCUGCUCGGCCUAGCAGGGAGGCUCAUCAGCUCAUCCUAGCAGGGAAGCUAAUGAGCUCGUCUAGCGACUGCUCGGCCUAG